GCCGCCGCCGCCGCCGCGUCGCUCCCGGGGGCGGGCUGGCUGGUGGACGGGCGGGAAGAUGCUGAGCAGGUUGAUGAGCGGCAGCAGCAGGAACCUGGACCGCGAGUACAGCUGCACCGUGCGGCUCCUGGACGACAGCGAGUACACCUGUACCAUCCAGAGAGAUGCCAAGGGCCAGUACCUGUUUGACCUUCUUUGCCACCACUUGAACUUACUUGAAAAAGACUAUUUUGGAAUCCGUUUUGUGGACCCUGAUAAGCAGAGGCACUGGUUGGAGUUUACAAAAUCUGUGGUGAAGCAGUUGAGAUCCCAGCCUCCAUUCACCAUGUGUUUCCGAGUGAAGUUUUACCCCGCAGACCCAGCUGCACUGAGAGAGGAAAUAACUAGGUAUUUAGUUUUUCUGCAGAUCAAAAGAGAUCUCUACCAUGGCCGCCUCCUCUGUAAGACAUCGGAUGCUGCUUUGCUGGCAGCCUAUAUACUUCAAGCUGAGAUCGGGGAUUAUGACCCCGGGAAGCAUCCAGAGGGCUACAGCUCCAAGUUCCAGUUUUUCCCUAAACACUCAGAGAAGCUGGAAAGGAAAAUUGCUGAGAUCCACAAGACUGAACUCAGUGGUCAGACACCAGCCACAUCAGAGUUAAAUUUUUUGAGAAAAGCUCAGACUUUGGAAACCUAUGGAGUUGAUCCUCACCCGUGCAAGGAUGUAUCAGGGAAUGCUGCAUUUCUGGCCUUCACUCCCUUUGGGUUUGUGGUUCUGCAAGGCAACAAGAGAGUUCACUUCAUUAAAUGGAAUGAGGUGACUAAGCUGAAAUUUGAAGGAAAGACUUUCUAUUUAUAUGUAAGUCAGAAAGAGGAAAAGAAAAUUGUUCUUACAUAUUUUGCUCCAACACCAGAAGCCUGCAAACAUCUCUGGAAAUGCGGAAUAGAAAACCAAGCCUUCUACAAAUUGGAGAAAUCAAGCCAAGUUCGCACCGUAUCCAGCAGUAAUUUAUUCUUCAAAGGGAGCCGGUUCCGAUACAGUGGCCGAGUGGCAAAGGAAGUGAUGGAAUCUAGUGCCAAGAUUAAAAGGGAGCCACCAGAAAUACACCGGGCCGGAAUGGUUCCCAGCCGGAGCUGUCCUUCCAUCACCCAUGGACCAAGAUUGAGCAGCGUCCCCAGGACCCGCCGAAGAGCUGUUCACAUCUCCAUCAUGGAAGGUCUGGAGUCCCUCCGGGACAGCGCGCACUCCACGCCCGUGCGCUCCACGUCCCACAGCGACACCUUCCUGCCCCACGCGCGCAGCGGCCGGGCCGACAGCAGCGAGCGGGUGGCGGUGAUAGCGGACGAGGCCUACAGCCCGGCGGACAGCGUGCUGCCCACGCCCGUGGCGGAGCACAGCCUGGAGCUGAUGCUGCUCUCGAGGCAGAUCAACGGCGCCCCCUGCAGCAUCGAAGAGGAGAAGGAAUCGGAAGCGAGCACCCCGAGCGCGGCGGAAGCGGAGGCCCCGGGGGGCGAGCUGAAGGCCCUGUGUCCGGGGCACGGCGGGCCAGAGGCAGAACAGGUGAAUAAGUUUGUUUUAAGUGUCCUCCGUUUGCUCCUUGUGACUGUGGGACUCCUCUUUGUUUUGCUCCUCCUCCUGAUCGUCCUUACCGAGUCUGACCUUGACAUUGCCUUUUUCCGUGAUAUCCGCCAGACCCCUGAAUUUGAACAGUUCCAUUACCAAUACUUUUAUCCCCUCAGGCGAUGGUUUGCCUGCAAAAUCCGCUCCGUGGUGAGCCUGCUCAUUGACACCUGAGAAGGUAUGACUCCUCCCAUUAACUAGCCAGGUGGACCGAGGAGAUACCUGCUACCGUUCCCAGCAAUGGGACCCAUCGCGGAACCAUCGGCACAUAUAAGUCCUCCUCUCAUGACUCCAAAGUACACUGCAGCCUAGGAGGGUUGUUUCCCGGGAGAAGAAAGGAUAGGCCCGAGUCCCGCCUAAAUAAACUGGGGAAACUCGUUUUCUUCCGAAGUCCUUCCAAGAAAGACUCUGCGGUUCUUUUUCAUCUUUCCAAUUUGCAGGAUAAUUUCUGGUUUUGAAUUUUGAUUUUCAUAGAUGUGUAUUAUUUUGAAAGUAUCAAAUAAAAGAAUUUAUUUUAUUAUAAUUAACGAUUAUUCCAUUAGUGUCACCCGGCAGAUGGGACACUAGUCAAGGACUAGCACUGUUGUAUUCUGCAGGAGCCUUUGUCAUGGUGCUACUGAGUGCUAGCGGACUGGCCGUGGCAGCCUCAAAGGAACGUGUUCGGAGUGCAGCCGUUUGCAAAAGGGGGAGUCGCUCGGGCUCCCCUCCCAGACAGAAUGUUUUCAUUAAGUCAUCUGCUUUGAAUAGUUUGGAAAGCUGGUUCAUAUAAUCAAACCCUUUAGCAACUGGUCUGAGUUGGAUUUAUUUUUUUUCCCCCCCCCCCCCCCCCCCCCGAAUCUGAGCAGAGUGUGGGCAUCUGAAGGGGCCACUGAAACAGCAGCAGCAGCAGCAGCAACAGGGGUAGGGUAAGUCUGUUCCCUUAGACUAGAGCUCGGUGCACAUCAGGGUGUAUCUUGUUAUAGGAACUCGGUCAUCUGCGGAUUUUCCCCCCAAGCCUCAAGCCUUUUUCACUGGUCCAGAAGUGUUAAAAGUACUAAGGCAAUUGAAAUUACUGGCCAAGGAUUGCCCAUUCAGGAAUUUCAGGCAAAAGCACAUAGCUAGCAGCAACCAUAGUUUGUUUAUCCGAAAGAUCUUUGAUUCAGUGGUACAUAAUUCGUACCGCCCGAAAAGGACACUUUCACAAUGUAUGAUUUAAGAAGCAAAUGCCAUUUUGUUAAUCAUCUUUUUUUUUUUUUACUUUGUGGAGUGAGCAAAUAGAAUCUGAUUACAAAAUGGUUCAAGGAAGAAAUUGAUCCUGAGGAUGAAAAGCUUCCAGAAAAACAGAAUUUCAACAUCAAUAUCCAUGGAGGAGGCCAGAAGAAUCAGCCGAGGGGAA